AUGAGUUCCAUCGAAACCUCAUUGGAUGACACAUUAACACAAACUGAUAAUGAUAGGAAUGAUGGUGAAUCUCCAGAAAUUCCUUCCAACACAUGCUCUCCUGUCACCCAGUCUUUUCCACCUCAAAAAAAGAAGAAGACAACGAUGAUGACUCCCUUUCAAGAUACAUUACUGGAUGCUAUAAAGAACCCCUCUCACAGACCUAUUGAAACAGAAGAUGCUGAUAAAGCUUUCCUAAUGAAUAAUAUUCAAAUCAAAUAUUGA